AUGUUGUCAUCUUCGAUAUCAGCGACUCCGUUCAGCGUGCGUGAUAUUCUUAACGAGGAUCAACAGUUUGCAGUUAUGGAGUGUUAUACUCAUCAGCAACAACAACAACAGUCGCAUUUGCCACAGGAUUAUUACGCGUAUAACGCGGUACCUGAUAAUAAUUGGGAUGCGGAAAAGUUUAAAGAACAAGGAGUACAUGGUUAUUCACAUUAUUCUGAAUUAAAUCAUGUACAUCAGUUGAGUCAAGUUGUACCACCUUAUCAAGAAGCUCCUGUCACCGAAGAUGGAAACAUCGUGACAUCGAGCAAAACAGAAUUACGGAAAAGUCAGUCCGGUAAAAGAACGAAAAGAAAACCACGAGUAUUAUUUUCCCAGACACAAGUUUAUGAAUUGGAACAACGUUUCAAGCAACAACGUUACCUGAGUGCACCGGAACGUGAAUUAUUAGCACAAAAUUUGAAACUCAGUAGUACUCAGGUGAAAAUCUGGUUCCAAAAUCGUCGUUACAAGAACAAACGAGCACGAAUCGAAGAUGCUGAAAAAUUACAAGUACAAGGUAUGAAGAAUCAAUCAUUGAAGAAAAUUUCUGUACCCGUAUUGAUCAAGGAUGGCAAACCUAAUGUUCACGAGGCUUACAACGUUCCUUAUUGGUCAAACGUUCGAUCCGAUAUGUCGAUGAACAUGCAAGGAGAUUUUAGGAAUUCGGAAUCGAUCGUCAGAUUGAGCCCAGAAUUUAGAUCAAAUUCUAAUGAAAUUAAAAUGGAUUCAAGUAUCAGUCCAGAGUUCAGAAACGAUGUUCAUAAUUCUGAUCACAAUAAUAGACCAGUACUAAACGUUGACGUACAACAAAGACAACAAAUGUUAAACAACGAAUACAGAAGCAAUUUCGUAUCUGAAUUACGUCCGAGUGUUCACGAGUGUGUCAGAACGAUCAAAACCGAAUACAAGGGUACAACGAAUCCAGUCAACGAUGUCUCAUUUUCAGAUUUAAAAUGUGUACCAACGGAAAACAAAAUGGUAGCUGAAUGUCGAGCUGGUAUAAUGGACGUUACAAGUGGCGAUUAUGGUUUCACUAAUUACAUUGGUCCGUUAAAUUAUCCGAUGCAAUACGUGAACACAAUUGAAUCACCGAUUUCAGGAAUGGAUCAAAAUCUUCAACGAUUGUGGUAA